AGGAGGGGUAGAGGUCAGCAAAACAUGGAGACUGGAGAGGGCAUUGUUGACAUCGUUCAUGUUUGUUACAAGAGCAUAAAAUGGGGACAGGAGUGGGGGGGGACACCUGAGGUUGGAGGAGUCAGGCGGGACCCCAAGCUACCCUCAAGCCUCUGCAUGUAGGUGGACAGGUGGCUGUGGACAGGGGCCUGCUUCGCAAGAAUUCACACACUGAGUCCACAAACCUCUGCUGAAUAUACUGGUCACUAUCGGGGCAACGCGGGGACCUCAGUCUCGUGGGUGAGGCAGUAAAAAGGUCUAGCUGCAGUGUGUUGGGCAUGAUGGUGGGGGGGGGGGAUACUUAGAGACGGGGCUAUGAUGUGUGUGGACAGUGUGCGUGGCUCCCCGAGGGCAUGAGGUAGCAGGGUCCACCAUGGAAGCCGAAUUGCGGGACUGUGGGGCCAAAUCACAGUCAAGCCACCUUGGGAACAGAUGUGUUAGGUAAGUGGGGGGUCCAGUGUGUGGGGAUGGGAGAAGAUGAGGGUUUAAUCUAGCAGACGUGGGAGCAUGCCGAGAGAAUCUGGACCUUGGCUGCAGAGCGUCCAACCCUUCUGAUAGAAGUCGAAGGAUAACAAAUGAAUUAGACUAGGGUUUCAGUGGGUUUAGAUUAGGCCCUUGAAUAUAAGACCCGGACUGCCACCCAAUCCCCGCCCUCCACCGGGGGAGAGGGCUGCUAGGAGCCGCUUUCCCCUAGACUCAGCGUUCAGCUCUGUGGCCCCCGCGCGGUGGCUGACUUCUCUCGGCAGGAACGUCCGCGUUCCACGAAUGUCCCUCGCCUCUGCGCCGCCACAAUCCCCAGCCUCGCGGCAUUCGGAAGCCCUCCUUCAGGCCGAGCCAUGGCGUGGGCGCUGGUCCUGGCGCUCUGCAACCGGGCGCUGGCCCCCGCGGGCGCGCUGGACGCCAUGGGCCCUCACGCGGCCGUCCGCCUCUCGGAGCUGCUGACCCCGGAGGAGUGCAGCCACUUCCGAUCGCUCCUCCAGGCGCCGGAGCCCGACGUGGACGCCGAGUUCGCCCGGCUCUCUGAGGACUGGCUGGCCCGGCCCAAGCCGCCCACAGCCUCUCCUGGAGCGCAGGGCACCGUGGGGCAACGGCGGCGGGCGGCAGCCGGGCAGCCGUCGGAGGGACCGGAGGGCGCGCCAGCUGGGUCCGGCGAGGUGUCCGACGGCUGCCGCGAGGCGCUGGCGUCCUGGUUGGCCGCCAAGGCCCCCGCCCUGUCGUGGGACCGCGUGGCCCGGGCCCUACGGCGCAGCGGCCGCCCGGACGUGGCGCGGGAGCUGGCCAAGAACCUCCACCAGCAGGCGACGUUGCAGCUGCGCAGGUCGGGUGCGAACUACGUGCAGCCGCCGGUGGCCCCGGCCCCCGCCCCGGCCCCCGCCCCGGCCCCGGCCCCGGCCCCCGCCCCGCGCGAACGUCGCUCCGCGGUCUCCGUGCCCUCCUGGGACGAUCUCGAGCUGAUCGUGGAGCGCCUGCCGCAGCCCCCGUACACGCGGAGCCCAGCAGCCUGGGUCGGGCCGCUGGCGCUCGGCCUCCUUGCCGGCUUCGUGGGCGCACUGGGCACCGGGGCGAUGAUCACUGUGCUCACGCUGUGGAUCACCGGCGGCGACGGCGACCCCGUUCGGCCUUGCGCCCCCGGCCCGCCCAAGCCGGUCCCCGCGCCCUGCGGCUGGGAAGCAGAGCCGCUCCUGCCCCCGGCCUGGACGCCGCAGGGACCCUCCCCCGACGGCCUGCCACUGUGAAUCCCCCCCUCCAGCAGCGCCCCCCCCCCCCAGCAGCCGCCCCACUAUAAAGUUUCCAAAGGCGGUGGAGGGCGCAGUCUGUCGCCGAGUGGAUGGAAACGGGCGUCGUGGGCCUCGGGAGCCGGCCAGGCGUCCCCAGCGCUGCCCAGCGUCCGCCCGCCGAGCCACGCUUUUGGACACACUCUUGUAUGCAUUCCGUGCCAGGAAGCUGCUCACCACUCCGUAAGGGGCGCGGUGGGGACUCUUGAACCCAGAGCCGACUGGCCAGUCUGCGCCCCAGAGGCGGUGCGGGUGCAGUAAGGAGCUGGGGCCCCGCUGGGGUGUGCCGCGCCACUCCUCCGGAAGGCCCAGCGGGAACCUGGCACCUCCCCCGCCCACCUCCGAGGGAUGAGCCAAGCCCUGGAGAACCCGCAGCCAGCAUCCUAUGGCCAGGGGAUCGGGGCGAAAGCCGCGACAGAAAGACAAGCCAGUCCAAGAGGAGAGUUGAAAACAAGAUUGACGUAACCCUUUAUUGCAAAUUCUAAAGUAAAAAGAUGUACAGUACAAAGUAAAAUUGAAAAUUCAGACUAUAAACUUC